GGUAACGACAAGGCUUAUUUCUCUUAUAUCCGACCCAAAAAUAACUGCUAGAAAUCGCUGGGUAUCCUUUUAGAUACGCUUUCUAAAAUCUUUCGGAUUUUACUGUCGGAAUCUGCUGUUUUCCAAAAUUUCGGUUUGGCUGAUGUGAAACAUGUCUUUUAAGGUGAAAAAUCAGACAAAUCCUCUCACCAUCGAGGCUACUGGAUAUGGGCCUUAUAUUCAUGCCAGGGCUGCUCGUGCCACUCAAAAGGGGAAAGGCGUGCAUCUCACCAAAGCAGAAAAGGACGCCCAGAUGAUCCGGGACUACUGGGUACGGCAGGACUUCUUGAAGGGCAUACAGGAUUAUGCCGCUAACCACCAUCGGGACCUCUUCCGCAACCGAUGGGAGUGCGCCGCGGACAAGAAGGGUCUCUACAGCAGGGUACAGUGGGAGGUGGACAAGGUGACUGCUAAGAUGGAUGAAGAAUUGGAGAAGCGUAGAAGCAGGUUAGCUGAAUUGCUGAAAUCGGAAGAGGAUAUGUAUCUGAAGGAGUCCCUUUCUCCACACGAGGACGAAGAGACAAAGACUUCGCGCAUGCUCUGUCGAUACAAAGAGUUGAAGAUGCAGAAAGAAGCAGAGAGACAGAAAUUGGCCGAAGAAAAGAAAGAGCAGCAGUUCAAGCGUAACUGCGAGGAGUUGCGCACGUUGAUGAGCAGGAAGAUCGCCACUGAAACUGCCGAGGAAGGUCGACGUCUGCGCUGUGAGAGGUUGGCGGAGGUUGAGGAGAAGAACAAGGAGGAGGAGAUGUAUGCUGAGCUGUGGCUGAAGGACGCAGAGGCGAAGGGGCAGAGAGAGCAGAUGGAGGAGGAGGUGAGGAAGCAGAGGGAUGCAGAGUUUGCCCGACUUGUCGAACAGCAGGUGCAAGAGAGGAGACUGGAGAAACAAAGGCAGCUAAGAGAGAAGGAGACAGAUGCUGAGAUCAGGGUGGAGCAAGAGCGUCUUGCAGGUUUGGAAGAAGAAUGGCAAAAGCAGAUGAAGAAGAAGCAGCAGCAGGAAACGAAGCAGAAUUUGGACGAAUGUCUGAGGGAGAAGCUGAAGAGGAAGGCGAAAGAAGUACAAGAUGAUCUUAUGCAAGACCUCUUCUUCCUGAAGCAGAUCAUGGUGGAUGAGGAGGAGGCUAAGCUCAACGAAAAGAAGAGAGAACUCCGGAAGGAGCAACAGGACUACUUGCAACACCUCCGAGAUAACAUGCGCAAAGAAGAGGAGUUCGAGAAGGAGGUCGACCGCCUCUAUCAAGAGGAGCUGGAGAAGAUGUGGGAAAGGAGGCAGAAGGAGUGGGAAGAGGAAAAGAACAAGAGGCGAGCACUGGAACAGGAUGUGAUGAAUGGAGUCAAGGAGCAGAUACUUGCGAAUGUGGAAAAAGGUCGCCAAGUUCAGAGCUAUAAUCAGGAAUAUGGCAAAAAGAUAAAGGAAGAGGACGAAGAAGACAGAAAGAAGGCAUUUGAAAAGCUGAAACUGAUAAGAGAGAGAAACGAAAAACAUCAGAAAGAGCUGCUGGAUCAAAUCCAAAUGAAGCAGGAGAGAUUUGCAAGAGAUCAGAAGAUGCAAGACCACGAACUUGAACAGCUGCGACUCGCCAGGGAGGCAGAGGACGCUAAAGUCCAACAAUUGCUGGCAGAAAUGAAAAUCGACAACGAGCACCCCUACAGAGUGGCCAGGAAGAAGUACUUUGAUGACUAUAAAACAGAUGAUCACUGUUGCCAUACUAAACAUCUCAUUGAUGCUUGUGUGGAAUCAAAUCACUAGGCACUUUAUUAAAAAAUUAAUCUUGUCAGCAAUUUAGAAGUCACGGCAUAGGGA